AGGAAGAAGGGGCGUAACUACAAACCAAAACAUCCCGACGUGUCUUUCACAGCACUGCUUUCCUAUUAUUAUUUCCUGACUUAGCUAUUUAAGCCAAGAAAUUCAAAUAAUUUAUUUAAUUUGUUAGUCCUUAACCUUAGAUGGCGUCACAAAAAUCCACCGUUAUGGCCCAGGUUGAGUCGGUCGAGGACGACAUCAAAAAGUGUUACCACAGGAUUGAAACCAUCGAAAGGAAUCUUAAAUCUAAGCACCUAGACAUGGAUCAGAGGGAAGAGCUGGAGAGGGAACUGGACAACGUGAAAGCCCUUCUAUCUCAGCAAGAACAGGAUUUGAAAAAACUGCGGACUGAAAACAGCAAAACCUUUGUAAUUGCCCUGGCCAUCAUGUUCUUGGGAUUCCUGGCGUUUGGAGUGUACAAAAUCUUGACAAACGGAUAAUGAAAUGAAAGACUUCAGUUUUACUCUCUGCAUAAAAUAUAUUUGUGUGAAACAAAAAGUCAAAUGCUCACGCUUUCAAAUGUAACAUUCCACCACAUCUGUAGGGGUUCUCAUCAGCGAUCAUUAUUAUAGUAUUGGCGCGCCGUUCCGUUUCAUUUUUGUCAUUAAAUAUUUUUCAGCAGCGACAAAAUA